AUGAAAAGAGUUCCUAAUCUUUUUCGAUCCUUUGCUCAAUUUAGAAAGCUUCAGUCUUACGAGGAGUUUCUUAGCAAAAACCCUAAGAAUUUUGGCACUCAAAAACCCUUAGAAAUACCGAAGCUUGUAACUCUUGAUGAUAAGGCUUUGAUUGAUAGACAUGCUGACAUGAACCAAAGAGAAUUUUACACAGAAAGCUCUGAUUUUGACGUAGAAACCUUUAAUCUUAAAGAGUACUUUUGGAGCUGCAUUUUUAUAACUAGGCCAACUCUUUUUAGAAUACUUUGAUGCUUUAUAAUUUACACAACCCUUUCCUUUUUGGUUAAGGCUGUCUAUAUGACUUACAAGAGACUAAGAGUUCGGUGGUGUGCGAACAGAUAUUUUGAUAUGCUUGGACCUGCAUUUAGAGACAUGCAGCUUGUGAAGUUCAACCAAAGGCUGUAUUUUAAAAAACUGCAUAGCUAUGAUUAA